CCGGCGGUGCUGUGAGGAGGGCUGGGAGCCGCCAUGCGCUUCCGUGCUAAGAUCGUGGAUCUCGCCUGCCUCAACCACUUCAGCCGUGUAGUUAACACAAUCGCCAAGCUGGCCAAGACCUGCACCCUGCGCCUGACUGUCAGCAAGCUGUAUUUCAUCCUCUCCGAUAAAGUACUGAAUGGAGGUGUGGGUAUGUGGUGUGAGCUGAACCAGGGGAAUUUCUUCGAUGAAUUUCAGAUGGAAGGAGUGUCUGCAGAGCACAAUGAGAUCUAUUUAGAGUUGAUGCCUGAGAACCUGUCGAGAGCAUUGAAAACUGCCCACAAUGCUAAGGCAGUGAAGAUGAAGUUGACUAACAAACACUGUCCCUGUCUCAGAGUCGCUGUGGAGCUGCCAUCCUUAUCAAGCAGCAGUAGGAUUGUGACACAUGACAUUCCUGUGGGGGUUAUUCCCAGAAGAUUAUGGAAUGACUUCAGAGAGCCCAGUGUGCCAGACUUUGAUGUCAGUAUUUACCUACCAGCGCUGAAAAUAAUGAAGAGUGUUGUGGAGAGAAUGAGGAAUCUCAGCAAUUAUGUUGUGAUUGAAGCAAACUUGAGUGGAGAAAUGAACUUGAAAGUAGAAACUGACUUAGUUUGUGUAACAACACAUUUUAAAGACUUGGGAAAUCCUUCCUGGGCAUUAGAGGAUGGAUGUCAAAGUUCUCAAGACAGAGAUCCAGAAAGCAUGGCUGAGGCACGCAUAGACAUCAGGAAACUGCAGCAGCUGCUUGCUGGACAGCAGGUCAACCCCACAAAAGCAUUGUGCAAUAUUGUAAGUAAAAGAGUUGUCCACCUCAUCUUGCUUCAUGAGGAUGUUUCCCUUCAGUAUUUCAUUCCAGCACUUACCUGAAUACGUUGGAGUCUCUGUAAUUUUCCAACCUGAGGCCUUACCUUCAAGUCUGGAAACUUUCAUGAGUUGCUGGAGUACUCUCACAUGAUAUGCUGUUAGAUACAGCCAUUAGAUGGACAUUAUUUCCUUAUUUAUGAAAUUACUCAAAACAUCUCAUCCAGAAUGCCAUUUCUGUGAAGAGUUACUUGCUAUGAAAGAUACAGCACUGGGGAACUGGCAUAUCUGAGUGUUAUGGACAGCAAAGCCGAAAGUUGCAUAUGCUUCUGGGAUGCUUUGAGAUGCAGGAAAGGUGAUGUAGGGGAGUGUAUUUUCUUUCACAGGUAUAAAGGUAGACUUGGCCUCUGAAGCUGCUGCUGGGUGUAUCCAGUAUUGGACAAUACAGCUCCAAGUUAGACUAUCAUACCUCUAUGGAGCUGGAGAGUGACAGAUUGGUAUCUGCUUAUAAUAUAAAAGUUAUAAUUGUGAAAACAUUUAUCUUCUGUUUAAAAAAAAAAGCAACCCACACCAAAAAAAAAACUCCAGAAAUCCCAAACAAACACCACAAGGGGCAGUAAUGCUUGUACAGGUCAGGAAUAUGCAGUGAAAGAUCCAUUUCAUGUUCUGGAGGGGAGGACACUAAACACACCAACAGAGGUGAAAUCUCUCCAGCCCCAGGGCUUUCUUACCCUUCCCACCUAACUAAAGCACAAGGAUGUAGCUCAGCCCUGCAGUCCUGUUGAUGUGUACAUGCUGAUCAGAGGGAAAAUAAUACUCAGUUCUAAGCCUGCUGUCAUCUGAAUCCAAUUGUCAGAGCCCUGAGAGCAGUAUUGGGUCUUGGAGGCCCUAAGCAACCAGGGACCCCUAUCCACCCCCUGUCAAUGGGUGCACAGAUCCUGUUUCAGCUCAGGCUGUGGUAUCCUGUACUCCUUUAAACUAUGUUGUAGGUGGGCCAGGGCACAGCUGUGUUCCUGGAUUGUUGUUUAUUGAAGCCACUGGUAUGCCUGUGCUACCUUAAUUUUGCUGAGCAGGAUACAGUAGAAGACUAUUUACUUUGUUGCUGAAGGUGAUGUUUCUGACCUCUUGCUGAUACAUACUUGGAGUAGUUGCUCCUGAACAUGAGUACAUAGCACACAAGGUUGUUGUGUACUUUUUAUAUGUCUACUGGAAGUUUGUGCCUUAACUUAAUCCGACACCUGUUACAUGAAUACCUAUGCAGCUGAGAGCUUUUGCUUUUUAAGUAAUUUUAAACUGACAAGUUCCUAUGUUGCACUGGUGUAUUUGGGUUCUGCUUCCUAAGGAGCAGUGCUGCAUUUUUCUGUUGUUCUGUUCAAAUGUCAUUCAUGCAUGUAAUUCUGGUCCUUCUGAUCACUCAGUUCUUUUAUAGUAUUCUAGCCCUUCUGUCCAUUCAUUUUGCAUGGAAGUGCUGGCUUGUAAUUAAAAUAAAAAGGCACGUGGACACUGUAAAGCAUCACACAGGAAGUUAACAUUCCAAACAGGAGGCAAAUAAAAGAAAUGUUGAAGUUAUAUUCAGCUUAU